AUGACUAUUAUCGCCUUCAUUUCCCAAAAAGGAGGAGUAGGAGGAAUUCGCCAAAAGAGUAAAUUCAAAGUAGAAAUUUUUCCUGCUGCCCAACAAGCAUUAAGAGAAGCACCAAAAUAUGACCUAACCAUCAUUGACGGUUCUGCUCGCAUGAAAAUUCAAGAAAAGUAUAACCUAAAAGAAAAAAGGGCUAAAAUAAAAAAAAUAAAUAUUAGCAAUCAAGAUUUAGAAGGCGAAUUAGAUUUGACAGAAUUUAGUCAACUAAAAAAGUUGAAAUGUUAUGGCAAUAAAAUAACGGUUUUAAACAUUAACAAGUGUUCAGAAUUAAAGAAAUUAAAUUGUUCCGACAACCAACUAACUAACCUAGAUCUAAGUAAUUGCCGAAAAAUUAGUGAUCUUAGUUGUGCCAUUAAUCAGUUUACAAAUUUAGAUUUAGAAGAAUGCACACAACUUACCAAAUUAGAGUGUUGUCGAGACCAAUUAAAAAAUAAAGACUUAGAUCUCAACAAGAAUUAUCCUAAAGAUGGUGUCUGUCUAGUAGAAAGUGUUAAUAACUCAAUUGGAAAUAUUCUUCUAUCCGAUUUUAAAACUAAUCUUCAGUGUCCGACUAAUGGAGCAAUAAAUGGUAAAACUAGAGUCGAAAUAACUAAAUUAAGUUUGAAAAAUUUAGAAAAUUCUUUGCAAUUAGUUAAUUUUGCUCAGUUGCAAGAAUUGGAUUGUUCCUCUAACUACCUUACUCAACUAGAAAUAACUAAUUGCCCUCGAUUAGAAAAAAUUAAUUGUGAAAACAAUAAUCUCUUCAAAUUGAAUCUCUGUGGUUGUUCAAAUUUAAAAGAAUUGAGUUGUGGAAGGAAUAAAUUAACUAGCACCAAAUUUCUGCAAUUAGUUCCUAAUCCUAAGAAAUUAGAACGUUUAUUUAUUAAUGGCAAUAAUGAUAAUCUAUUUGCUGAACCAAAACUUUCUUCCCUAUUAAGUUUAAGGUUAAACUUAACUAGUUCAAAACUCCCCUUUCCCAUCCCCCUAGUACCAGACUUAAACUCCCUUUUAAACUCCCUAUUAAGUUUAACCUUAGCACUUGUGAAUUUGAAAGAAAACGUUCCAAACAAUAAGAAACUGAAAGGCGAAUUAAAUUUAGGUGAUUUUGUAAAUCUAGAAGAAUUAAAUUGCUCUGAUAAUAAAUUAACUAAACUAAACAUAAGUAAUUCUCUUAAUCUAAAAGAAUUAGUUUGUAAUGAUAAUAAUUUAGUAGAUAUUCUCUUUCCUGUUGAUUCAGAAAAACUGGUACUAGAAAGAAUAAAUAUUACUAAUAAUAAAGAAUUAGAUUAUGCAACUAUUGAAAAUAGAUUUUUAAAAUCUUUGCCUGUUUUAUCCCAAAUAGUUUAUGAGCCAUUAACUAAGGAACAAAAGAACCGAAAAAUAGAGUUAGAAGAUCAAUUAAAAGUUGCUCAGCAGGAAUUAGUUAUUGAAAAAAACAAAACAAUGUCAUUUUUAAACAUUGAUAUUACUAAUUUAAAGCAACGAACUACGGAGAAAAGAAAAAAAAUGGAGCAAGUUGACAGUUGUCAGAAAAGAAUAGAACGAUUAGAAGUGGCGAUAAAAAAAAUAGAGAUGGGCAAAAUAUUUAAAGUGGUUAAAGUUUCAGAACAUAUUUACAAAGAUAAAGUUUAUCGAAAAGUAGAAGAAUUAAAAGAAAAACUAAACAAUGAUAAUCCUAUCUUGGCUAUUUAUUCUGAUAGUAGUAGUGGUUUUUCCCCUGAUAAAGUUAUAAAAAGAAUUAAAUUACCAAAAGAAGUUAUAGAAGACCCAGAUAAAUAUUUAAAACCCGGUGAUUUAGUUUGA